AUGGUCAACGUCCACACAAGCGCCAGGCUUGUACUUGCCUUUAUCUCUUUGGCCUUUCAAGUGUCUUCGUCGCUCUCCGCGUCUUCAGCAGUACAACAGCCUCUUCUCGAUGCCACGGACUGGUUCCUCACCGAACAGGAGAUCACCGAGUCGCGAGGAGGUAUUCUACGACGCGACAUGGCGGUGUAUACAACCGGCAACGCCAUCACGCCCUUCACGGUGGCGAACGAAUUCUACAACGCUGUCUACGACGACCUCACUGGCACCAAGGAGGGCGACCGAGUCCUGCUCAGCGCCUACGUUACAGCUCUCGUCCCGCUGAAGCCGGACGUCGACCCCACCGGAGCCACGACUGGCGUAGGCAAAGUGUUCACGGACAUCGUGAAUCGAGGAGGAAAUGUCAACAUCCUCAACUGGCACAACCUCAAGUACAAGUCGUUCAACGUCAAGGCUCGGGACUUCAUCAACGGCAUCCCCGCGUCUCCGAUCAACGGGGCCGACGCGAAGCUCAUUUUCGACGACCGACUCCCCUACGUUGUGUCGUCUCACCACCAGAAAACCUUGGCCAUCGUAGCGAAUGAAUCCUCGAGUGAGACUGACCAGCCCGUUGCCUACGUGGGAGGCCUCGAUCUAGCCAACGACCGGUGGGACACCAUCUACCACAACAACAGCGCGCUUCGAGACGCCGCUGGUAUCACUUUCAAGACUCAAGGCUGGAUCGACGGUCACGUUCGGAUCCAUGGACCUGCCGCCAAGGAUGUCGCCAACAACUUCGUGGAUCGAUGGAACUCGGACUAUCUGCCCAGCCAAGGGAUAGUUGACGACUUGCUCGACUUCGAGAACCCAACGUGCACUGACAUCCCGCCACUCAACUACGCCAGCAGCAACACUACCGGUACUCUAGGCAACCAGAGCGUCCAGAUCACGCGCACCUUCAGCUGCAAGUACAAACACUACAAGGAGUUCGCCCCGCGCGGAGAGACCUCGCUGUUCCGCGCGCGCGUCAAAGCCAUCAAGAAGGCCCAGAACUUCAUCUACGUCGAGGACCAGUACUUCAUCCUCGUGCCGGAGCUGCUGGACGCCAUCAUGGAGGUGAUGCCGAGGAUCCAGCGCCUCGUGGUCAUCGCCAACCCGCAGACCAAGAUGCUGGCCAACGGAGGCUACAUCAAGUACCUGUACGAGAUGGUGUCGCCCAUCCGAGAGAAGUACCCGGACAAGUUCCAGAUCUACACGGUCAAGGCCGAGCGGAACCUGCUCAUCCACACCAAAGUGGUGAUCAUCGACGAUGUGUAUUUGUCCGUGGGCUCGGCCAACUGGAACCGUCGCAGCAUGACGUCGGACACGGAGCUGAACGCGGACAUUGUGGACGGCGACACGGUGGAGUCCCCCGAGGGCGUGACGGUAGGCAGGCUGCCUCGCGACUUUCGCGUCCGCAAGUUCCAGGAGAUGACGGGGCGGAGCUACGAGGAGCUGGACGGCAUGACGUUCGUGGAGGCUGCGGAUCAGUUGCGGAUCGCGGCUGCUGAUGCGUCUACGGUUCUGGCCAAGAUGGAGAUCGAGCAUCACGCGUACUUUGCGCUUCUCACGGAUCUGGUUCGAAAGGUGUCAGAUCCACAGGACACGUGCACGUACGAGGAGAUUACAGAAUAG